AUGUCAGACGAAUCUGCGCUCCUUGCUCGAGAGGCCAAGGGCCUGCAGCAAAGUCUGAAGGAGUUGCUGAAGACCCGAGAUGCAUGGGAUAGAGAAAUCGAAUUUCAGAGGAAGAGGCGACAAUACCUCCGCUUGCUAUUCGUACACCCUUACGCUCCAGAGUCAAAAGAUGUUGACAACCAUCUUUGGAUGGCCACAUCGUACCAGUUCAUAUCUAGAUAUAAGGAGCGGCUUACCCAGCUUGACAGGAUAAUCCAUGGACCUCCUCGGCAACAGCAACAGCAGCAGGCAUCUCGAUCUCAUAACGGACAGCACCGCGAUGUCGAAUAUCGCAAGCUCCUUCAACGUUUCCGCCAAUUUCUAGCCGAAGAGGAGAAGUUUUGGGUCCAGUUGAUCGUUCGCAUACGUCGCGUAUUCGCCCUCGAUGACGCCCAACGCGCGCUCGCUGCGCUCAGCAUCGUCCCUCCUGAGGGGACACCUACAUCGCCCACUGCUCCCGACAAUGGCAAUGCGAGGCGAAAUCAACAUCAGUUUCCUUCUGAGGCUGAUGUGGUAUCGCCUACUGCCGUAGCAGCGACGGCUGAACAGCGCCAGAGCAAGAUGGCCAUCUUAAGCAAAGCGCUUGUAUGCUUAGGAGAUAUUGAGCGGUAUAAGGAACAAUACAACGAGACAGGAAAUAGACCUCGUGCAGGUCACGAAGACGGCCCGCCAGCUGCUUCAGGUUCUGGUAGAGGGCGAGGCAGAAGGGGUGGCGCAGCAGCCGCCCAGUCCCUUAUGCCUCGGAUGCGAAACUAUGACAAGGCACAACAGUGCUACGAGCAAGCGCGGUUACUACUUCCCCAAGAUGGUAACCCCUCUCACCAGCUCGCCAUUCUGGCCACGUACCAGAAGGAUACCUUCAAUUCGCUGGUGCAUUACUAUCGCGCCCUUUGCGUUCGCACACCGUACGAGACGGCGUCGGAGAACAUGGGUAUGACCCUCGGCAAAGCCCUGGAUGCUUGGCGAGGUAAAGGUGAAAAUGUUGCAGAGAAAGCAGAGAUAGAUCACUCGGAGCCCCCUCGACUGAGGAUAAAAGCUUUCACGGAAAAAUUGGUCAUCCUGCAUGCAUUGUGGCGGUUACCUACCGAGGAUGCGGGCAUUCCGCUUCCGGACCUAUCUCGAACAGUCGUCUCGGAUUUCAAGGCGUUGGUUUUCAAACGUGACUUGCCAAUCGACAUGAUCUCGAAGGUCAUCAUUCUCUCGCAAGGCGCUUUGUGGAAUAACCGAUCGGCUCGCCAUUCAUCUGCAAACGGCGCGCCUGGGAGGAGGGGGCCUCCAGUUCCUGCUGGUACUGGGACUGAAUCUAGUAUUGCCACCCAUUUACUUGCUCUACAUCGCGCACUUCUUGAAGUCGCCAGCGAAGAAAUCAAGGAAGCAUCUUUGGAGAACACGAACGAUCAAGAUCUCGCGCAGCGCAUCACGGCAACGUUUCGUAGAACGCUACCUGCUCUACGUCUUGCAGGCAAAUGGAUACGUGGGAAUACGAAGUAUAUUUCGCAAGCCUCGUCGCUCCUUAGAGAGCAACAAAUUGACACACUGGGGGACACAGAUACAAAGAGCCCGAACUCGAGAAGACGAGUGCGGACGAGACGAGUCGCUAAGCCGCCAAUAUCUAUCUUGGGUGUGCGCGAGUUCUGGGAGUCGUUUGUGAAGUUUUCAAACACCCUUACGCGUGCCUUUCCAUUUGAGAAGCUGCCUGUCCUUGGUUCCCCAUUGGAAGAAGAUAUGGAGAUGUCGGGGUUUUUACCGUUACGGGCGCUCAUGGUCGGGGAUGUAUUGGUGGGGAAUUCGGGAAGAAGUGCCACAAACGUCGUCGCUCAGGUGCGCGAGGAGGUGCAUCCGAAUGAAGAGCAGUUGAUGAGGAUCAGGGAUAUCCUCGCGGACACUCGAGCGCUGGCAGAUGCUGAGGAGACUCCAUUUGUCUUUACGGACAAUGAGUUCAUGCUUAGGGAUGAUCGCCUGAGCGACCUUGAGACAGCACCAACGACGGUUGAUUCACCCAAUCACCGAAUUCAGAUGUCUCGGUCUGGAAGCCCAGAUCCUUUGGUCGCUGAGAUUGCGGGAGGAGACCCAGAAACUCUAGACCUCGAAGAUGGCAGUGCUACGGAGACUUCACGCACUGAGUAUGAUCCUGUGGAUGCCGCUUUCCGCGAGGUUUUGGAACAAUCCAACGAAAGUGAUGAGGAAGAAGAUGAAAUUGUGUGGAAUCCGAGAUCGUCCAUUCAACCUCAAGUUUCCAGCCCUCCGCUUCCGCACGGUACUCCUCGUUUGGUCGCGCCUAACUCACCUCCCUUCCAACAUCGAACACCACCUGUAGCGAACAAAUCACUCGAAUUGACCGCAGGAGCUCUAUUGAAAGAACUGCAAGGCCCGAGUCAUUCGCGAGUCUCAUCUGCUCCACAGGCGCUCCUAUUUGGAUCUAGUCCCUCCGGUGGUCAUAGCUCAAUAUGGUCGACUACUAGUAGCAGCGAUCCUCUGAAUUACUCCAAGCCUGGGCUUCCAUUGUAUCAAUCUCAGCCAUCAUUCGGCUUUUCUCAAGGAUCAUCGUCUUACCAGAACUCACAAGGCCGAAACGUCACAUUGCCUCGUCUACCGUCUCCGCAGACCAGUUCGAUCUGGAACGGUGGCCACCAACGUAUCGGUUCCUUAGGUCGCAUUCAGGGACUUCCUAGCCCUGGGUUCAGUCAUCAGCAGCAACACUACGGAUCCUCUACCACUUUCCUGCCGCCUGCAGACCCAUCCAGCUCCCCAUUCAACAAUGGUGUACCAUCAGCUUACGCGGAUCCAGUCUACACGGCCUCUCCUCAUGCUAUGCUCCAGACGCAGUAUCCGCCUGGCUAUCAUCAUCCUGUUCAUCACUCGCGCAUCCCAAGUGCCGAGACAGGUCUCCAGGUCCCAAUGUCAUCACUUACUUCAGCAUCGCAGCUGUGGCUAAAUCCCGGAUAA